UUCUUUAGCUUCUUUCCUUUGCUAGUCUGUGUGGUGUUCGAGAAUGCCAGAACCUGCGAAGUCUGCUCCCGCGCCCAAAAAGGGUUCGAAGAAAGCGGUCACCAAAGCCCAGAAGAAGGACGGCAAGAAGCGUAAGCGCAGCCGCAAGGAGAGCUACUCCAUCUACGUGUACAAGGUGCUGAAGCAAGUGCACCCGGACACCGGCAUUUCGUCUAAGGCCAUGGGCAUCAUGAACUCAUUCGUCAACGACAUCUUCGAGCGUAUCGCGGGCGAGGCGUCCCGCCUGGCGCAUUACAACAAGCGCUCCACCAUCACGUCCCGGGAGAUCCAGACGGCCGUGCGCCUGCUGCUGCCUGGCGAGCUGGCCAAGCAUGCCGUGUCCGAGGGCACCAAGGCGGUCACCAAGUACACCAGCUCCAAGUGAGUCCUCGCUGGGACAUGGCGCCCGCACGACUCGCCGGCCGCUUGACUCUAAAGGCUCUUUUCAGAGCCACCCACCUCGUCACCAGAAAAGAGCUUUUCACUUUUCCCUUUCAGUUACCACACAGUAAGUUAUUCUCCUUGGUUGAAGGUUACGAUAAACAGCACAAGUAAUUAAAAGCAGCUCUGCCGAGGUUCCUCGCGCGUGACAGGCUUUGAUUUUGAAUGUAGGGCGCGUCUUAACGUCCUCCUGUGUUGCUGAACAUUUCUACGAAUCGGUCCGAAUUAGGAUAUUGAGAAACUGUUCUCCCGCUGUCAACAGACUAUUGUCCUGUUGUGACUUGGGUAUGUUUUAUCGACGUUCUGUAACGAGUGGUUUCCGGCCAUCAUUUAAGUGAAGAAUUCCAGGACACAAGCCCGGGUUCCAGAACACUGCGUCAAAGCCUUGAGGAAUUUCCCAGUUUGGUAGCUGCUGGGGUGCCGGGUCACCAGUUCUGCUCUGCGAUGUGGUUUCAUGUGGACACCAGCUUUUCUGGGCAUUUCAGGCGGAGCCAGCGCUGCCAUGUCCCAGGCUUUCCCUGAUUGAGCGAUAUGAAUAUUCAAAAUCUCGCGCCACUCAGGAAUUCGUAAAUUCUGGCUUCCGCCGCUCACUUCGAGGCUUUGAAAUCUAAUACUAUUUCUCGGUUUGUGGAUCAUUUUUGCAUAUAAUUUUGUAAAGCUCCGACCGCUGGUCUCUGCAAGCCGCUGGUCGUUUAGGUCUGGGCUUAAAAAUCACCUGAGAUCUUUCCAAGUCAUCCACUCAGGAAUUUUUGCCUCUCGUGUCCACCUGUCUUUGUCCCUCACUGUUUUAUCUUCCUCCUAGCAGCUAUUGAAAAUUGGUUUAUUUUCUGGUUUGUGGUCUUUGCCCUCAAGCCCUUAACAAUUUGCCAGUCUCCUUUUCCUCAAUAUCAGCGCCAAUCAGUGCCUGGCACACAGUGGACACUUAAGUACUUUUUAAUAUUUGUUGAAUUACUUUUCUUAUCCUACCCCUUUUUUAAUCGCUUCCGUGGAUGGAUGCGUGUGGCUCAUUUCCAUUAGAUGUAUGUGAAGACAUGAAAAAGGAAAUGUUUCUGGAGCUCCUUCCACAAGUCUGUCCAUGGUCACCUCAGGGCAAUGGCUGGGAGGAGCCCUUGCUAAGAUCUUUUUGUGACAAAGAGGAGGUGGCAGUGGUAGAGCCUCCCUUUACUCUUGGUUUAGCGUAACUUACCUCUUGGAUUUUCAUUAAACUCAGACCAUUGGUCACUGGGAAGGUCUUUUUCCUUUUUUUUUAUUAUAGCGCUCCCCCAACCCCCGCCACCACCUCCACCACGCAAUCCUGUUCUCGACCGACAUAACCUUUUAAUUUAUACUCACCAUCUUGUUUGCUUUACAGAAGACCCUGUGAAAUAGACUGUAAAAUAGGCGAGGUUAAUACCCUUUCACAAACGAGAUUGAGAUGUCAAGUGAUUGGUCCACAGGUCAUGCAGCUAAUAUUGUCUACCUUUGUAUCCUCAGAUGCCAGGACAAUUGUAUUUUAGUUUUAUUUUGUAUAAUUACAGAAUGUUAAAUAUUUUCAUCCAAUUCUUGAUUUUGUUAUUCAACUGUGCUUGGCUAAUGGGUCCUGGAGUUGAUUGCAGCGUUUGAGGAAUCCAAAUGAACUCCAGGCAUUAUUGUAGACUGAAUAAAUCUUAAGUUUCCUUCUUACA